UUUAAAAAAAGAUUUAAGGACGUUACGUUCGGUCUACCCUAUAAUUAUUUACCCGGCUCGUCUUUCCUCUAUAAGAAACUAUCUGAGGAGGAGACUUAUAAAUUCUAUAUUGAAAGUAGAUAUUUUAUUUAUUAUAAGCCCGGCUAUAUAGCCCUAUAA